AGGUGGCAGACGCAUUGUUUGGACCAACACACAAAAAAAUAGAAAAGAAGACGAUGGUCUGGCGAAACGACAUUUAGCUCUCUCAAAAGGGGAGCAUAGUGUUGUGGUGUUUGAUUAUUAUAUUAUACAUGUCGAUGUAUUGAUCUUUUAGCCAUUAAAACGAAAUGCAGACAGGGUAGCACAGCAGACCACUCACCACCACCAAGCUAGCCUUCGGAAUGCUUGACAACGGAUGGUUACCAUAACAACCAACUCGGCGUUCGUGACAGUUAAGUGAGCGAAAGCGAUACGGGUUCUCUGUUCUCCUGCGGUAUAUAUAUAUCGGUCUGUCGGGGCUUUUGUCGACAUGUCGGAGGAGCCUAGGCGAGGGGAGGACGAGGAGCGGGGGCCGGGGGGUGUCCACCACAUGUUUGUGGUGAUGGAGGAGCUGCUGGAGAAGCUGAAGAUCCUGGACUACGAGGAGGAAGUGCUGGCCGCGCACAACAUGAAGGCCAUGUCGAGGCACUACUUCGUGUCCAGCCCGUACGUAGCGUCCAACCCGGGCGAGCAGUUCUUCCUGUUCACGGCCAUCGCGUCGUGGCUGAUCAACGUGGCGGGCCGCCCGUUCCCCGCGCCCCGGGACGACGACGAGCCCUACGCCACCGUGUCCAACAUCCUGGCCGAGCUGCGCGCCUUCGGGGUGAAGGUUGACUUCCCCCCAAACAAGCUGAAGGCUGGCUGUGGGGAACAGGUGUGCUUCGUGUUGGACCGCCUGGCCGAGCAGGCCCUGAAGAAGAGGGGCUUCAGCUUCAAAAGACCGAGCUACCCCACAGAGGCAGCCGAGGAGGAGGCCGUCAUCGAGGACGAUGCAGAGCUCACCCUUAGCAAAGUGGAGGAGGAGAUGAUAGAGGAGCCUGACGAGGAGGAGGAGCAUGUGAUGGACUUAGACGCGCUCAAGUCACGGACCAAUCACAGCGAGGUGGACCCGUCCUCUAAGCCCGAGGCCAUCCUGGAGGCCAGUGUGGACGCAGCCGAGUGGGCCCUGGAGGUGGAGCGGGUCCUGCCCCAGCUCAAGGUCACCAUCCGCCCCGACAACAAGGACUGGAGGAUCCACCUGGACCAGAUGCAUCAGCACCGGGACGGCAUCACGGCCUCGCUGAAGGAGACCAAGGGCUACCUGAACAAGCUGCAGGAGGACCUGGGGAAGACCCUGGAGAAGGUGAACAGCAGAGAGAAGUACAUCAACACCCAGCUGGAGCACCUGAUCGGGGACUACCGCGCCGCCCAGGCCCAGCUCAGCCAGGCCAGGGAGCUGUACCAGCAGGCCAGUGGAGGAGUCACAGAGAAGAGCAGACAGCUGGCAGAGGUGAGCGAGGAGUUGGAGGAGGUGAAGCAGGAGAUGGAGGAGAAGGGCAGCAGCAUGUCUGACGGAGCUCCGGUGGUGAAGAUCAAGCAGAGUCUGACCAAGCUCCGUCAGGAGGUGGUGCAGAUGGACGUCCGCAUCGGCGUGGUGGAGCACACGCUGCUGCAGGCCAAGCUGAGGGAGAAGAACAACAUGACCCGCGACAUGCACGCCACCGCCCCGCCGGAGGCCGGCCUGCAGCCCUACGGCUGAGGACCUCCACCUCCUCCACCCUACAGACCUACACCCUACAGCCUGCAGCCCUACAGCUGAGACCUCCACCUCCUCCACCC